AUGAAGUUCUUAGAAAUGAAUCAUGUUGUGACUUUCGGUGUUAUACUAGCAUCGACUGCCACUGCAUCAUACUUCCCAGGUGGUCUUCUUUCCGGCAAAUUUACCUCGGUUGACAAACGUUCUGUACCAACUGUUGGCAGUGAUGGUAUAUGCUACACUUAUACUGUUGAAUCAGCUGAUACCUGUGCCAGUAUUGCCUCGGCUUUCGGUAUCACAGUCGCAGAGAUCGAGAGUUACAACUCGGACACAUAUGCCUGGUACGGCUGCGAUGACCUCUACCAAGGUGAAUUUAUCUGUUUGAGCAGUGGAUCUCCCACUAUGCCUGUCGCUCUUCCACAUGCCAUAUGUGGCCCCCAGGUACCGGGAACAGCACGACCUACCGACAUGUCCAAAUCCCAUCUUGCUUCUCUGAACCCUUGUACUUCAAACGAAUGUUGUUCAACUGAGGGUCAGUGCGGUACUACCUCAGUAUAUUGCAGUUCGUCAAAGUGCAUCUCGAACUGCGAUGCUGAAGCUGCAAGAGCAGUGACGAGUACAACUUCCAGCAAAUUAUCCACAUCCAGCAAGACCUCUACCAAAUCGACCACUUCGUCUACGUCUACGUCAAGUAAGGAAAUCGAAACAGUGACCUCCGUCACCACGGAAGUCCAGGUAACGACUACGCCGUGGUCAAUCGCAAUCUAUUCCGAGAAAAACUGCAACGCAGAUGAUACCGGUGCUGGCUACUAUGUUCUUGGGGGAACCAACUAUGAAAACACGGGCGAAUGUCUGACCCUAAGUGGGGGACACACAUCCACUGACUCUACUGGCAGCGCCUCGUGGUGCCAGUGGUACGAGGGAGAUGGUAGCAAAGGCUAUGUGAGCUGUGGAGAAUCAACACUUGUCAAGCCCGGGUCGUAUUUCAUUUCGUCUGGUCAGUGCUGGACCUUUUCCGAUAGUGCCUGUCAGGAUGACUCUGGUGAGAUAGAUAAUAAUGCCCUUGGGUGUCAAGCUUACUUGAGUACGAUGUGGAAUCCUAAAGUCAUUGGGUCUAUGCAAUGUGCGUAUGUUUGA